CGCGCUGCCACCAUUCCUUGAAAAAGUGUGUGUAAGAUCAGACGCGUAGAACGCGAGAUAUAAAGUUAAAGAAAGUGAAGUAGCAAAUUGCGAUUAUUUAAUUUAAGUGCAUUUUAAAUAAAACAGUACAAUAAAGAUGUCUAAAGCUCCUGCUGUUGGUAUUGAUUUGGGUACUACCUACUCUUGCGUGGGUGUAUUCCAGCAUGGCAAAGUUGAAAUUAUUGCCAAUGACCAGGGUAAUCGCACUACCCCAUCAUAUGUUGCCUUCACCGAAACAGAGCGUCUGAUCGGCGAUGCUGCCAAGAAUCAGGUUGCCAUGAACCCCACUAACACGAUUUUCGAUGCCAAACGUUUGAUUGGCCGCAAAUUCGACGAUGCCAACGUUCAAUCUGAUAUGAAGCACUGGCCCUUCGAAGUGGUUAAUGUUGAUGGCAAACCAAAGAUUAGCGUCACCUACAAGGAUGAGAAGAAGACUUUCUUUCCUGAAGAAAUUUCAUCGAUGGUGUUGACCAAAAUGAAGGAGACCGCUGAGGCUUAUUUGGGCAAGACAGUUACCAACGCUGUCAUAACUGUGCCCGCCUACUUCAACGAUUCUCAACGUCAAGCUACCAAGGAUGCUGGUACCAUUGCUGGUUUGAAUGUAUUGCGUAUUAUUAAUGAGCCAACUGCCGCUGCUAUUGCUUACGGUUUGGACAAAAAGGCUACUGGUGAACGCAAUGUGUUGAUCUUCGAUUUGGGUGGUGGUACUUUUGAUGUGUCCAUUCUGUCCAUCGAUGAUGGUAUCUUCGAGGUUAAGUCGACUGCUGGUGACACACACUUGGGUGGUGAAGAUUUCGACAAUCGUCUCGUCACUCACUUCGUUCAGGAGUUCAAGCGCAAGCACAAGAAGGAUCUGACUUCCAACAAGCGUGCUCUGCGUCGUCUGCGCACAGCUUGUGAGCGCGCGAAGCGUACUUUGUCUUCAUCCACUCAAGCUAGCAUUGAAAUCGACUCGUUGUUCGAAGGUGUCGAUUUCUAUACCUCGAUCACUCGUGCUCGUUUCGAGGAAUUGAACGCUGACUUGUUCCGCAGUACCAUGGAUCCUGUGGAAAAGGCUUUGCGUGACGCUAAAUUGGAUAAGUCGGCCAUUCACGAUAUUGUGCUGGUCGGUGGUUCAACGCGUAUUCCCAAGGUGCAGCGAUUGUUGCAAGAUUUGUUCAACGGCAAGGAGCUGAACAAGUCGAUCAAUCCCGAUGAGGCCGUAGCCUAUGGUGCUGCUGUGCAAGCUGCCAUCUUGCACGGUGACAAAUCGCAAGAAGUACAAGAUUUGUUGCUGCUCGACGUUACUCCCCUCUCCCUGGGUAUUGAAACCGCUGGUGGUGUGAUGAGUGUAUUGAUCAAGAGGAACACCACCAUUCCAACCAAGCAGACUCAGACCUUUACUACCUACUCGGACAAUCAGCCCGGUGUGUUGAUUCAGGUAUAUGAAGGUGAACGUGCUAUGACGAAGGACAACAAUUUGCUGGGCAAAUUCGAACUGUCUGGUAUUCCACCAGCACCACGUGGUGUGCCACAAAUUGAAGUCACCUUCGAUAUUGAUGCCAACGGUAUCUUGAACGUAACCGCUCUGGAACGUUCCACCAAUAAGGAAAACAAGAUUACCAUCACUAACGAUAAGGGCCGUCUGUCAAAGGAGGAUAUUGAGCGUAUGGUCAACGAGGCCGAGAAAUACCGCACUGAGGAUGAGAAGCAAAAGGAGACAAUCGCCGCCAAGAACUCGUUGGAGUCAUACUGCUUUAACAUGAAGGCUACUUUGGAUGAGGAGAACAUGAAGACUAAGUUGUCCGAAUCAGACCGCACCACCAUUUUGGACAAGUGCAACGAAACUAUCAAAUGGUUGGAUGCUAACCAACUGGCUGAGAAAGAAGAAUACGAGCACCGUCAAAAAGAAUUGGAAUCCGUGUGCAAUCCAAUUAUUACCAAGUUGUACCAAGGAGCCGGUGGUGCUCCAGGUGGUAUGCCCGGCGGUAUGCCUGGUGGCUUCCCAGGAGCAGGUGGUGCUCCAGGUGCUGGUGCAGCUGGUGCCGGUGCAGGUCCCACCAUCGAGGAGGUCGACUAAGCAAUUCGUUGCGAUUAAGCAGUAUAAACAAAAAAACCGAUCUUUACCUACCACUUCGAGUCUCUCCUGAAUAGUUACAACAAAACAACAAUAAAAAACAUUUCCAAUUGUAUGCACUUUUUUGCCUGAAUAAACAAGAAACAAGUUACCAAAAACCAUAUACUACACAAACAUAUAGAAAUUGCGCUUAUGUAACCAUUUAGAAAUGUAAUAAAUAAUACAAUUUAUGCAAAAACAAGAUCUGCUAUAUGGACACAUUUCAAAAGUAACUGAAAUAGAAUUACCAGCACACGCCUGUGUGUGCACACGAAAAUAUUCAAGUAAAAGUUCUAAAUAAAGCGAUUGUUUCAAAAUCAA